AGUACAGGUCCUGUAUACUGAUGAUAGUAAAUAAACACUGUAGUGUUCAGAUUCGGAUCCAAAACGGUUACUUUUUUCUUGGGCUGAACCAACUCGUUUACCUUUUUGUGUUUUUUUAUUUCUGUGUAUAGAUAAUAAUUUUGACAGUUUUACAUAAACACCAUCAUUUACAUCGAUACAUUUUAAUCUACCAAUGUCGGCAGACAUUAAUGAUGCUGUUUGUAAUAUUAAAGUGGUCUGUAGGUUCAGACCUCUCAAUGAAAGUGAGGUUAAAGCUGGAUCAAAAUUUAUAGUUAAAUAUCCAACCAACACUGAAGAUUGUGUAUCAAUUGGGGGUAAAGUGUAUGUCUUUGACAAAGUGUUCAAACCAAAUGCAACUCAAGAUACCGUUUAUGAAGAAGCUGCAAAGACAAUCGUCAAAGAUGUGCUCAUGGGAUAUAAUGGGACAAUAUUUGCUUACGGGCAAACAUCUUCUGGUAAAACACAUACGAUGGAAGGUGUUCUCGGGGAUCCCAAACUUCAAGGAAUUAUUCCAAGAAUUGUCAAUGAUAUUUUCAAUUACAUCUAUUCAAUGGACGAGAACAUCGAGUUCCAUAUAAAGGUUUCAUAUUUUGAAAUUUACCUUGAUAAAAUAAGAGAUCUUUUAGAUGUUUCAAAAACAAAUCUAUCUGUUCAUGAGGAUAAAAAUCGCGUCCCCUUUGUCAAGGGGGCUACCGAAAGAUUCGUCACUUGUCCAGAGGAAGUUAUGGAAGUGAUAGAUGAAGGAAAAGCCAAUAGACAUAUUGCUGUAACAAAUAUGAAUGAACACUCAAGUAGAAGUCAUUCAGUUUUUCUAAUUAAUGUAAAGCAGGAAAAUCAAGAAAAUCAAAAAAAGUUAACAGGAAAACUCUAUUUGGUCGAUUUGGCCGGUUCCGAAAAAGUUAGCAAAACCGGGGCUGAAGGAAUGGUAUUAGACGAAGCUAAAAACAUCAAUAAGUCAUUAUCAGCUCUUGGUAACGUUAUUUCUGCCUUAGCUGAUGGCAAUAAAUCACAUAUUCCUUACCGAGACAGUAAAUUAACCAGGAUACUUCAAGAAUCUUUAGGAGGUAAUUCAAGGACAACUAUAAUCAUCUGUUGUUCACCGGCAUCAUUUAAUGAAAUGGAAACAAAAUCAACUCUCGAAUUUGGUAAAAGAGCCAAGACUAUAACAAAUGUUGUUGUUGUCAAUGAAGAGUUAACAGCUGAAGAAUGGAAAAGAAGAUGGGAAAAGGAAAGGGAAAAAGUUACUAAACUCAAAAAUUAUGUGAAUCGUGUAGAAAUGGAACUGAAUCGCUGGCGAACAGGUGAUAGUGUACCUUCAGAUGAACAAGCUAGUUUCAAAGAUUUAGACUCAAGCACUCUCAGUUUAUCGGAAUCCGUUCAAAAUCUCAGUGCCGUUGCUAAUACUCCUUUAGUUGGUGCUAUUUCUACCACUGUUGCAUCCGUUGAACCACUUUCCAAUGAGGAGAGAAUGAAGUUUGAAGAGGAAAGGACUCGAUUGUAUGCUCAACUGGAUGAAAAGGAUGACGAACUUGACAAACAGAGUCAACUCAUUGAAAAGUUGAAAGAACAGAUUCUUGAACAAGAGGAGCUCAUAAGUAACUGUAGACGUGAUAAUGAAUCAUUACAACAUGAGAUCAACAAGUUACAGCAAGAGAAUGAAUCAUCAAAGGAAGAAGUUAAAGAAGUAUUACAAGCCUUAGAGGAGUUAGCAGUCAAUUAUGAUCAAAAAAGUCAAGAAGUUGAAAACAAGAAUCGUGAAUUUGAAACAUUAAACGAAGAGUUAAACACCAAAUUGACCGCCUUAAACUCAGCCAAAUCUGAACUUCAACAAAUGAAGGAAAACAACACUCAUAUGAGGAGGAGGAUUAAUGAAAUGUUGAGUAACUUAUUGAAAGAUUUGUAUGAAAUUGGUGUUGUUUUGGGUAACAGUGCUGCAACUCCUAGUCUAAAGGAUACCGGGGAUUUGACAUCUGCAAAGAUUGAAGAUGAAUUUACUGUUGCCCGUUUGUACAUAACUAAAAUGAAGUCUGAAGUUAAAGCCUUAGCGUCAAGAUGUCAUCAAAUGGAAAGCUUUCAAAGUGAUUGUAAUAAGAAGAUUGAGCAAAAUGAAAAAGAACUGGCUGAAUGUCGUCUAUUGAUAAGUCAAUAUGAAGCUAAAAUGAACUCACUUCAAGAUUCAAUGAAAGAUAUAGAAAACAAGAAGCGAUCAUUGGAAGAAGUUGUUGAUCAAUUGAAUGAAGAGUGUGCAAAAUUAAAGGCUGCCGAUGAGAUGCACAAGAUGGCUCAUGAAGAGAAGGAGAAGGAAAAAGAUUCAGCGGAAAAGUUAAAGUUUGCUUUAGAAGAGCAAUUAGAGAAACACCGAGAAACACACCAGAAACAAUUAGCCGGAUUAAGGGAUGAAAUUGCCGAGAAGCAAGGUCAAAUUGACCAAUUACGCGACCAAAAUCAAAAAUUAUCGCUGGCACAAGAAAGAUUACAACAAGAGUAUGACAAGCUUAAAGCAGAGGAACAAGAGAAGAGUUCACGAUUGAAUGAACUGAUAAUGUUAAGUGAUAGACGAGAACAAGCCAGACAAGAUCUUAAAGGAUUGGAGGAAACAGUGGCAAAGGAACUGCAAACUCUACAUAAUCUAAGGAAAAUGUUUGUAUCUGAUUUACAAAGCCGAGUCAAAAAGUCAGCAUUAAAUGACGAUGAUGAGAAUACUGGAGGUUCUCUAGCUCAAAAACAAAAAAUAGCUUUCUUAGAAAAUAACUUGGAUCAAUUAACUAAAGUUCAUAAACAGUUGGUUCGAGAUAAUGCUGAUCUAAGAUGUGAAUUACCUAAACUGGAAAAGAGACUUCGUACCACUCAUGAACGAGUUAAAGCUCUAGAAGCAGCAUUGAAAGAAGCCAAAGAGCUUGCUCUUCGUGAUAGGCGAAGAUAUCUUUUUGAAUUAGACAGAAUUAAGGAGGCUGUUCGCAACAAAAAUCUAUCUAGACGAGGAAAUGCUCCACAAAUAGUUAAACCCAUUCGAGCUGGUCAACAACCAACUCAUCAAACUAUCGGAGGAACGACCGUUGCCCGAGGAAUAGUCACUGGCAGAAAUCGCAAUGUUAAUAAUCCUGAAUGAGGAAUCUAUCCUUUGGACAAGACAGAAUAUUUAUUACGUGUCAAUUUUUGUCCCCAUUUGCAUAAAAUGAUAAAAAACAAAUUUAACAAUAAUUAACAUUUCAUCAUCAUGAAGAAAUACAAAAAAAGUAAAAUUAUAAUUCUCAGUUUCUUAACUAAGACAAAGAUAAUUUAAGUUAUUAAAAUUGCGUGAAUUAAAGUAGUUUCGUCGAAUCAAGAA